AUGUGGGCACACGGCAUCGACUGGUGGCCAACUCAGUCACCAGGGCAAGACGAGGGCACCUAUUCAUGCCGCGUGGGCGAGCACUCGGUGGAUUUCCAGCUGCGUGUCUGUGAGCCCACGGUGGUGUUUGCCAAGGAGCAGUCGGCACACAGCGAGGUGAAGGCCACGGCCGGGGCCAGUGCCACGCUGAGCUGCGAGGUGGCCCAGGCUCAGACUCAGGUGACGUGGUACAAGGAUGGCAAGAAGCUGAGCGGGAGCUCGAAAGUGCGCGUGGAGGCCACGGGCUGCACCCGGCGGCUGGUGCUGCAGCAGGCGGCGAAGGGGGACAGCGGGGAGUACAUCUGCGAGGCCGGGGGCCAGAAGGUCACCUUCCACCUAGAUGUCCCAGAGCCCACGGUGGUGUUUGCCAAGGAGCAGUCGGCACACAGCGAGGUGAAGGCCACGGCCGGGGCCAGUGCCACGCUGAGCUGCGAGGUGGCCCAGGCUCAGACGCAGGUGACGUGGUACAAGGAUGGCAAGAAGCUGAGCGGGAGCUCGAAAGUGCGCGUGGAGGCCACGGGCUGCACCCGGCGGCUGGUGCUGCAGCAGGCGGCGAAGGGGGACAGCGGGGAGUACACCUGCGAGGCCGGGGGCCAGAAGGUCACCUUCAACCUAGAUGUCCCAGAGCCCACGGUGGUGUUUGCCAAGGAGCAGUCGGCACACAGCGAGGUGAAGGCCACGGCCGGGGCCAGUGCCACGCUGAGCUGCGAGGUGGCCCAGGCUCAGACGCAGGUGACGUGGUACAAGGAUGGCAAGAAGCUGAGCGGGAGCUCGAAAGUGCGCGUGGAGGCCACGGGCUGCACCCGGCGGCUGGUGCUGCAGCAGGCGGCGAAGGGGGACAGCGGGGAGUACACCUGCGAGGCCGGGGGCCAGAAGGUCACCUUCAACCUAGAUGUCCCAGAGCCCACGGUGGUGUUUGCCAAGGAGCAGUCGGCACACAGCGAGGUGAAGGCCACGGCCGGGGCCAGUGCCACGCUGAGCUGCGAGGUGGCCCAGGCUCAGACGCAGGUGACGUGGUACAAGGAUGGCAAGAAGCUGAGCGGGAGCUCGAAAGUGCGCGUGGAGGCCACGGGCUGCACCCGGCGGCUGGUGCUGCAGCAGGCGGCGAAGGGGGACAGCGGGGAGUACAUCUGCGAGGCCGGGGGCCAGAGGGUCACCUUCCAUCUGGAUGUCACAGAGCCCACGGUGGUGUUUGCCAAGGAGCAGUCGGCACACAGCGAGGUGAAGGCCACGGCCGGGGCCAGUGCCACGCUGAGCUGCGAGGUGGCCCAGGCUCAGACGCAGGUGACGUGGUACAAGGAUGGCAAGAAGCUGAGCGGGAGCUCGAAAGUGCGCGUGGAGGCCACGGGCUGCACCCGGCGGCUGGUGCUGCAGCAGGCGGCGAAGGGGGACAGCGGGGAGUACACCUGCGAGGCCGGGGGCCAGAAGGUCACCUUCAACCUAGAUGUCCCAGAGCCCACGGUGGUGUUUGCCAAGGAGCAGUCGGCACACAGCGAGGUGAAGGCCACGGCCGGGGCCAGUGCCACGCUGAGCUGCGAGGUGGCCCAGGCUCAGACGCAGGUGACGUGGUACAAGGAUGGCAAGAAGCUGAGCGGGAGCUCGAAAGUGCGCGUGGAGGCCACGGGCUGCACCCGGCGGCUGGUGCUGCAGCAGGCGGCGAAGGGGGACAGCGGGGAGUACACCUGCGAGGCCGGGGGCCAGAAGGUCACCUUCAACCUAGAUGUCCCAGAGCCCACGGUGGUGUUUGCCAAGGAGCAGUCGGCACACAGCGAGGUGAAGGCCACGGCCGGGGCCAGUGCCACGCUGAGCUGCGAGGUGGCCCAGGCUCAGACGCAGGUGACGUGGUACAAGGAUGGCAAGAAGCUGAGCGGGAGCUCGAAAGUGCGCGUGGAGGCCACGGGCUGCACCCGGCGGCUGGUGCUGCAGCAGGCGGCGAAGGGGGACAGCGGGGAGUACACCUGCGAGGCCGGGGGCCAGAAGGUCACCUUCAGCCUAGAUGUCCCAGAGCCAGAGCCUGAGUCCCCAGCCCUGGAGAGACCCGACCGCAGGGGGCUUCUGGUGGUCAAAGAACACGAGGACAUCGUCCUGACUGCCACGCUGGCCGCACCCUCUGUGGCUGCGGUGACAUGGCUCAAGGACGGCGUGGAGAUUCGCCGCAGCAAGCGGCACCAGACGACCAGCCUGGGGGACACGCACACCCUGACGGUGCGCGGUGCGCAGACCCUGGACAGCGCGGUGUACAGCUGCUGCGUAGGCGCCGAGGCGCAGGACUUCCCGGUGCAGGUGGAAGAGGUGGCCGCCAGGUUCUGCCAGCCCCUGGAGCCCGUGAGCGGGGAGCUGGGCGGCACGGUGACGCUGGCCUGCGAGCUGAGCCCGGCGCAGGCCGAGGUGGUGUGGCGCUGUGGGAGCACGCAGCUGCGGGCGGGCAAGCGCUUCCAGAUGGCGGCCGAGGGGCUCCGGCGCUCCCUCACCGUGUCGGGCCUGCGGGCGGAGGAUGCGGGCGAGUACGUGUGCGAGAGCCGCGACGACCGCACCAGCGCCCGGCUCUCGGUCCGCGUCCCCCGCGAAGUCAAGUUCACGUCUGGGCUGAGCGCCAUGGUCGCGGAGGAGGGCCAGGAGGCCACCUUCCAGUGCGUGGUGACCCCCAGCGACGCGGCGGUCCUGUGGUUCCGGGACGGUACCCAGCUGCAGCCCAGCGAGAAGUUUCGCAUGUCGCAGAGCGGCGCCAGCCACAGCCUGACCAUCUCGGGUCUGGUCCUGGAGGACGCCGGCCAGAUCACCGCGGAGGCUGAGGGGGUCACAUCCUCGGCUGCCCUCCGCGUCCGAGAGGCUCCUGUGCUGUUCAAGAAGAAGCUGGAGCCACAGACAGUGGAGGAGUGGGGUUCAGUGACCCUGGCGGUAGAGCUGACCAGGCCUUGGCCAGAUGUCAAGUGGACACGCAAUGCCAUGGCCAUAUCCCCAAGCGAGAAUGUGGCAAUCUACACGGAGGGCGCAAGUCACCGCUUGGUCCUCCGCAGUGUGGGUUUUGCUGACCGUGGCUUCUAUGGCUGUGAGACGCCAGAUGACAAGACACAGGCCAAGCUCACAGUAACAAUGCGCCAGGUCCAGCUCCUGCGGGGCCUGCAGGUCGUGGAGGUGCAAGAGCAGGGCUCCACCACCAUGGAGGUGGAGCUGUCCCAUGCCAACGUAGAGGGCAGCUGGACACGUGAUGGCCUUCGGCUACAGCCAGGGCCCACGUGCCAACUGGCAGUUCAAGGCCCCAUUCACACCCUCACGCUGUCUGAGCUGCGGCCACAGGAUGGUGGUCUCAUUGCCUUCAAGGCUGAGGGCGUGCACACAUCCGCGCGGCUGGUGGUAACUGAGCUGCCUGUGAGGUUCAGCCGCCCACUGCAGGACAUGGUGGCCACAGAGAAAGACAAAGUGACCCUGGAGUGUGAGCUGUCACGCCCCAAUGUGGCCGUGCGCUGGCUGAAGGAUGGCGUGGAGCUUCAGGUUGGCAAGACAGUGGGUAUGGCAGCCAAGGGCACCUGCCGGACUCUCAUCAUUUACCAGUGUGCCUUUGGGGACCAGGGCGUGUAUGUGUGUGAUGCCCAUGGGGCUCAGACCUCGGCAUCCCUGAAGGUGCAAGGACGCAACAUCCAGAUCCUCAGACCCCUGGAGGACGUGGAGGUGAUGGAGAAGGAGAGCGCCACUUUCUCCUGUGAGGUCUCCCAUGAUGACGUGUCUGCUCAGUGGUUCCGGGAGGGCAGUAAGCUUCGGUCCAGUGACAACGUGCGCAUCCGCCAGGAAGGAAGGACAUACACGCUCAUCUACCGGAGGGUCCUGGUGGAAGAAGCAGGAGAAAUCCGAUUUGUAGCUGAAAAUGCAGAAUCUCGAGCCCAGCUCCGAGUGAGAGAGCUGCCAGUGUCCAUUCUGCGCCCCCUGCGGGACAAGAUUGCCAUGGAGAAGCAUCGCGGGGUACUUGAGUGCCAGGUGUCUCGGGCCAGUGCCCAGGUGCGGUGGUUCAAGGGAGGCGUGGAACUGCGGACUGGGCCCAAGUACGAGAUGGUCAGCGAUGGCCUCUACCGCAAGCUGGUCAUCAGUGAUGUGCAGCCUGAGGAUGAGGACACUUACACAUGCGAUGCUGGCGAUGUGAAGACCUCUGCCCAGUUCUUUGUGGAAGAGCAAUCCAUCACCAUCGUGCGGGGCCUGCAGGACGUGACGGUGAUGGAGCCCGCCCCCGCCUGGUUCGAGUGUGAGACCUCCAUUCCCUCUGUUCGGCCGCCCAAGUGGCUGCUGGGGAAGACGCCGUUGCAGGCCGGGAAGGACGUGGGCGUGGAGCAGGAAGGCACAGUGCACCGGCUGACGCUGCGGCGCACCUGCUCCACCAUGACCGGGCCAGUGCACUUCACCAUCGGCAAGUCGCGCACCACCGCCCAGCUGGUUGUCUCAGACAUCCCUGUGGUGCUUACAAGGCCGCUGGAGCCUAAGGUGGGCCGUGAACUGCAGUCAGUGGUCCUGUCCUGCGACUUCAAGCCGCCCCCCAAGGCUGUGCAGUGGUACAAGGAGGACACACCCUUGGCGCCCUCGGACAAAUUCAGAAUGCGCCUGGAGGGCCACAUGGCUGAGCUGAGAGUGCUGAGGCUCACGCCUGCUGACGCGGGCGUCUACCGGUGCCAGGCUGGCGGUGCCCAGACCUGUGCCCAGGUCACCGUGGAAGUCGGAGGUCUCCGACCCCAGGCGGUUGUGGUGUGCCGCAAGGACGGAGUGGAGCUGGGCCCCAGCGACAAGUCCGACUUUCUGCACACCGACCUGCACGUGGGCAUCACCAAGAGGCUGAAGAACGUGGAGGUGCUAGAGGGUGAGGGCUGCAACUUCGAGUGUAUCCUGUCCCAUGAGGACACAGGUGACACUGCCACUUGGACAGUCGGCGGGAAGACAUUGGGCAGCUCAGGCCGCUUCCGGGCCACUCGCCAGGGCCGAAAGUACAUCCUGGCUGUGCGAGAGGCGCUGCUGAGUGACACCGGGGAGGUGGUCUUCUCUGUGCGCGGCCUCACCUCCAAGGCCUCGCUCCUUGUCAAAGAAAGGCCGGCAGACAUCACGAAGCCAUUGGAAGACCAGCGGGCCAUGGCAGGGGAGGAUGCGAUACUGAGCUGUGAGCUGUCUCGGGUGGACUCCCCAGUGCGCUGGCUGAAGGACGGGAAAGCCAUUCGCAAGAGUCAGAAGUAUGACCUGCUCUGUGAGGGCACGCGGGCCAUGCUGGUAGUCCACGCGGCCUCACUCAAAGAUUCCGGAGAAUACACGUGUGAAACAGAGGCUUCCAAGAGCACAGCCAGCCUCUAUGUGGAAGAAAAGCCAAACCAGUUCACAGAGGAGCUGGCUGACCUGCAGGUGGAGGAAAAAGGCCAGGCUGUAUUUACCUGCAAGACAGAGCGCCCUGCAGCCACGGUGACCUGGAGAAAGGGCCUCUCUGAGCUGCAUGCCUCGAGGAAGCAUGCACCCAGCCAGGAGGGCGUGACCUUGAGGCUCACCAUCAGUGCCCUGGAAAAGGCAGACAGUGAUACGUACUCCUGCGAUAUUGGCCAGGCAAGGUCCCAGGCACGGCUUGUGGUGCAAGUGCCCAAGCCCAUUGCAUAA